AUGACACCCCUCGACGCCAAGCCACCCUCCCGCCUGGCCUCGCCCUCGACUUCGACUCAACCGGAUCCUCGCCCGGACAACUCUACCACCAACCAAACAAGCCAACCAUCUCAAAUCAUUUACUUCAGCUUCUACAUUUCAGAACAUUUGGAUAUUUCGACACAAGACACCCCUCAAAGCACUCACAAAGAAGACAGAUACCCACCAAGAACAUCAAUCUAUCCCGAAAUGCAUCAUCCUCACCGAACCAAACGAAACAGUAUCCUCACCACCACCCUCAUCCUCUUUCAUUCAUCUGCAUUGGUCUCCUCAUUCGAAUCGCCUCCCACUAUUCCCACCCAACAACUCACCUGUAAACCAACCGGAUUGAUUCAGGACACUAGCUGCAAUUUUGAAACGAUUGACGAGGUCAACCGGAAGCUUCACUCGGAAAUUUCUGAUGCAGUUCAACUGCCUAUCUUUCGAUAUCACAAGGUUGAUCUUUACCGAGAGUGCCCAUUCUGGUCGGAAGAUGGAUUAUGUGGAAAUAGAGCCUGUGCCGUCGAUGAGCUGGAUCAAAAUGAUAUUCCGGCUUAUUGGAGAAACAGCGAGCUGAGCGAUCUUAAAACAUCAUCUCUCAAAGAUAUUCCUAUUGAUAUGAAGGAUAAGUGUGUCGUCAAGGAACAAGAUUAUUGUGUGCUGGAUGGUGACAACGGCAUGCCUUCAAAUGGAGUCUAUGUCGACUUACUAGCCAAUCCGGAACGUUUCACGGGCUACUCUGGAAAAUCCGCCCAACGAAUCUGGAGGGCAAUUUAUGAAGACAACUGUUUUGAUGUCCCACAACGACCCGCCUUCAGUCCGUUUUCGACCCCCCCUCCAUCCAGCCGUGCUGGGCUUGACCCCCAUCCAGACUUGGUUGAACCUGGCAAUGCAGACAACGGGACGUGUCUGGAAAAACGAGUGUAUUACAAGCUUUUAUCAGGUCUCCACACUUCUAUUUCAAUGCACAUAUGCGAUGAAUAUCUAGACCCAAGCACUGGCCAAUGGGUACCCAACCUACAGUGCUACUUGAAUCGGAUUGGGUUAUAUCCAGAGCGACUCGAGAAUCUCUACUUUACCUACACGUUGAUGUUACGAGCCCUUUCUCGCUCAGCAUCAUACCUCAGCUCGCCCAGAGUAGAACUAUGUACAGGAGAUGUCCAAUCUGAUAGUCUCACUCGAAAGAGUUUAGACCGAUUGAUUGCAAUCGCUCAUUCCUAUCCCGUCACAUUUGAUGAAACCAGCAUGUUCAAAAGUAACCCUCAUGGUCACAACACACUCAAGGAUGAAUUUAAGGAACACUUCCGGAACGUCAGUCGCAUUAUGGAUUGCGUCGGAUGUGACAAAUGUCGACUCUGGGGCAAAUUGCAAGUCAUGGGCUUGGCAACUGGAUUGAAAUUGUUGUUCGAAUACGAGGAAGGCUCCCAGGAUCACUCAAACUUCCAUCUGACUCGACCCGAGUUGCUUGGAUUUAUCAACACUUUGAAUAGACUAUCAGAGUCGCUAGCAGCUGUUGACAAAUUCACCAAGUUGUGGGAACAGAGAUUUGCUGAAGGGACGCUACCAAACCAAAUCAGGGAUGAAAAGUUUGACGGUUUAGCGUCAGGAAAGGCAGCCCAGGCGAUCUCAUUAAGCCCGGGCUUGAGUCCCCGUCCGCAGUCUCCUUUCGCGGGCAUGCCUGCCACAGAGAAGGAGAAGCCGAAGAAACCCAAAACCAAACUGGAUUCGAAGCCCAACGAUCAAUCUUCAAAACCGACAGCCUCUCCACCCCUGUCCUCGACCAAUUCACAGACCCCACCCAGUCCAUCAAACUCGAAAGCCAAGCUCACAUAUUCUUCCAACACUCAUAGUCCAUCCAACAACCGCUCGGAUCCGACGAUCCAAUCCAACAUCCGCUCCCACGUUAUCGACCUUGGCCUUCUGGUCAGACCAGCCAGUAAGAUGUUCAAGAUGUUCAGCGACAAAUGUAAGGAAUCGUUCGCCAUGUGUUCGCAUUGGGUCCACAGCCUUUUGGGUCAGAUGAAGACCCUCGUCUUCCUCUCUCGCUCUCACAACCAAAACCACCAUUUCCAGGAUCAAGAUCUGCACCAACGUUCGUCUCGAAAAGAGAAAAAUGAACUAUAAUCUGUCUUUUUUUGUUGGCUUUUAUUGGACAAUCUCUCUCACUCUCACUCUCUCGCUCCCGCAUCUCCAUUCUCUUUUUUCAUUUUUACACACACCCGGAAAAAAAAUCAAAUCUAUAGACAUUCAUUCCUUUUCCCCCUCCUCUUACAAUUGAAUACAACCAGCCUCAAAAAAUACUUUGUUUUUCUCUACUUUUGGAAAGCUUCCUUUUUUUGUUGCAUAUUCGUUUUUCCAAGCUUCAUUCCGUCCUUCAGUUUUUGUUUAAAAAGCCCCUCCCUUGUUCCUGAUCAUCAUCCAUUGCCUGAGAGCCAGCAUUUUAUGGGUGUUUUCCUAGUUUUUUACACCAUUAGUGGGACCUGGAUUACAUGGACUGCCCCAUCAAACUACAUCUCUACUUCCCUGCAAAUCCUAUACUCACUCAUUCUCUCCCCACAUUACUCUAUUGGGACAGCUACUUUCCCUUUUGCCCCUUGAUCAUGGUCUGUUUGCCUAUGUAAUUUUUAUCAUUUUUCUUCUUUUUUUCCAUUCAUCAAUCCAUUCACAAUGUCUUGCCAACCCCUUGGAUCUUUUUUCUCACAUUAUCUUUUUUUUUGAUACACAUACUAUUCUGUUUCUCUCUUAUCCUCUAACUAUUCCUUUUGAUGGUUCCAUACAUCUCUUUUUCUUUUAUGGUCUGUUUUCUUAGUGUGGCUUAUCUUAUUUGUUAAGCACACACAUCAAGAACAAAAAAAAAGUAAACUUACACAAAUAUAUAUCACUUCUUUUUUUCUUUUUUUUUGUUGUUGAUUAUUUGAGAUGAUGGCC